CGCUUCUUCUCGCCCAAGCCAACACUCGCUCCAAAAGCAAUCACACAGCAAAAAGAAACUCUAUUCUUCUUUUGUUGUUGUCUCUGAAUCACUUCCUUUCCCCAAAUCUCACUCUAAAUAUCCAUUAAUCUCGCUCUACAAUGUCGAUCUUCGAAUACAAUGGAAGUGCCCUGGUGGCGAUGGUUGGGAAGAACUGCUUCGCCAUCGCCAGCGAUCGCCGUUUCGGCGUUCAGCUUCAGACGAUCGCCACUGAUUUUCAGAAAAUUUACAAGCUUCAUGACAAGCUGUUCAUCGGUCUCGCUGGACUCGCCACCGACGCUCAAACCCUGUAUCAACGGCUCGUGUUUAGGCAUAAGCUGUAUGAACUUCGAGAAGAGAGGGAUAUGAAGCCUGAAACUUUUGCCAGCCUUGUUUCUGCUAUUCUUUAUGAAAAGAGGUUUGGUCCGUAUUUUGUCCAGCCUGUGAUUGCUGGAUUGGGAGAUGAAGACAAGCCCUUCAUUUGCACAAUGGACUCAAUCGGAGCCAAAGAGCUUGCUAAAGAUUUUGUUGUUGCUGGCACUGCGUCAGAGUCUCUUUAUGGUGCAUGUGAGGCAAUGUUCAAGCCGGACAUGGAACCUGAAGAAUUGUUUGAGACCAUAUCUCAAGCCCUGUUAUCAUCAGUAGAUCGUGACUGUUUGAGUGGUUGGGGAGGACAUGUCUACGUUGUUACACCAACCGAAGUAACAGAGAGGAUAUUGAAGGGAAGAAUGGACUAACCACUUUCUAGAAGAGCUGGAAGCCCAUCGUUUUAUAUUCCCAUUUUGGAUAUUUCCUCUCUUUCUCGUAGACAGCGGGUGAAGGCGGGACUUGUUAGCGUUGAACGGGUGACAAGGGCCCGUAUUUCUGGUCCUUUACAUUGAUGUAAUGCAAUGAAUAUUUAAGAACGGGUUUAUGUAGUUUUAUUUCAUGGUCAUUAAGUUGAAUUUGUGGAAAUUUGGAUCCGAUGUUAAAUUAAUGCAUUUGCAGACUCAUCUUGAUGUU